AUGAGUAAAUUAUCUAAUUUUCAGAUAAACAAUGUUGGGACAAAUAUAAGGAAACCUACAGUUGAUUAUUCUGAAGAGGAAUACUCCUUAAUUAUGAACACCAACUUCGAUGCUGCAUUCCAUACUUGCCAACUUGCUCAUCCUCUUCUCAAAUCAUCAAGAAUGGGGAGCGUUGUAUUCAUUUCCUCUGUUGCUGGUGUGGUAGCUAUAUCUAGUGGUACAAUUUAUGCCGCUACAAAAGCUGCACUUAAUCAAAUUACAAAGAAUCUAGCAUGUGAGUGGGCAAAAGAUAACAUUCGUGUCAAUUCUGUUUCACCAUGGUAUAUCAAGACUUCGCUUGUGAAACAUGUAAGUUAUUUUACUGCUCUUUAUAAUUUGAAUAUUUAAUU